CUCCGGAGCUUGCGGACAUCCAGGCCAGGCAUGGGCAUUGUGCGCAGUGGAUGUGGACGCGUUCGGGCGAGCUCAGAGUCCAGGACCAGGGCUCGGCUGGGUCUUGGGCUCCGCGCCGCGCUGAAACCUGGUGAGGGCGGGCGCAGCUUUAGGGACCUCGGGCGCCAGCUGCGCUCCAGCCGAGCCUCUGUACGCACACUGCGCACGCGCGGCGCCGCCAGGCUCCGCCCCCCGAGUAGGGACCUACAGCGGGCGGCCGCGGAGGCGGCAGCGGUGGCCUGCGGCCGGCGGUGUAGACGCCCCUUCCCGGGACCCGGACCCGGCUCGGGCCCUUUGUGCGCUGCCUCGCUGCCUCCCGGGGUUCUGAGCGUAGAAGCCUAUGCCAGGGCCUGAGGUUGACACCGGCUGGGACUCGGUGCCUGAGAAGAGAAGGAAGAGCCCCUGGGACUCUCCGUGCUUUUGACUCGGUCAGCAGCUCAAUGGCUUCGGGCAGGCAGUAAGAACGGUGCCCAACUAUGACUGCAGCUCACAGCCCUCACACAGCAGGGUAGCAGAAAACACAGCGUUUAGUCUAGAUGCCAGCUGACCAACUCCAUGACCUCAGAACAGCCACAGUACCUCCAGAUCUUACAAGAAGCAGCAAGACCUUCUGCUCCCCCAGGUCGGCCUUUCAGACUUACUUUGUACAGCUCUUGGCCUGUUAGCAGGGUGCCAGAAGGAAGCUGCUAAUUCCCAUUCGUAUCGCUGCCCAUCGUUGAACAAGCACUUACUGAGGCCUCUGUGCGCCUCUUGACAUUCAGGGAAGUGUUUUAAAAUUUUAAAAGUGUUGUCUUGUAUUCUUUAGCGUUUUAGUCGUCAUGGCAGGACUGUGGAAGAGGUUGGAUAAGUAUCCGUAAUUCUUAUUGCCAGAUGAAAAAACUGAGGCUCAACAGGUUGAAAGUGGUUUUUUUAAGGUCAUAAAAGAAAGGCUUUUAGCAGGUCCCAAACUAGGACUGUUUAGUUCUGUGUAUUCUGAAAAAAGAAUGCAUAGUUACAAAUAAUUACCUAUUUUUAUGUAAAAAUCACUGCAUUACGCAUAUUGUGGUAUUGGCUCUAGAAAACAGGAGCUGCAUUCCAGGCCGCCUUCCUCCCUCCCCUGUGUCCUUGCUGCCAUGGUUUCACCCUCUGAGACUCCGGUCCCUGUAGCAGCCGGAGGCAGUGGCUGGAAUAUAGAUCAGAUCAUGUCAUGUUCUGUUGCUGCUCCAGUCUCUCCCCGGGUCUCCUCCUCACGUGGGGAGAAGCCACAUCCUUAUGAUGCUGCACCAUGGAUCUUCCCCUGACCAGUACCCUCCGCCCUUUCUUGCUCAUUGUCCCCCAGCCUCAGCCUCCUUGCAGUUACUCAAGUGCUCCAGGCCCACUUCCCACAGAGCUUCCCCCUCCCUCAGCUUGAAACGCCCUCCUCCCAGGCUGCCCCCGAGGUCUCUGCUCCAACAUCAGCUUCUCUUGAGGCCUUUCCUGACUCUCCACGCCCCAGCCCUACAACUUCAUCACAUAGUUACGCCCUGUCCCCCUUGCCUGGCUUUAUGGUUUGUUUUCCCCAGCCACUUGCCACCAUCUGCCAAAUAAAUAUACAGUUUGUCUCCCCUCUCUGUACCAUUGUGAGGGGAGGGACGGACUUGCUUCUGGUCACUGCCCUGUAGCACCUAGAACAGUACCUGACACCUGAUAGAUGCUCAGUAAGAUGUUGAAGGAAUAAGUAUUUGUCUACCUAGUAUUGUCAGGAUAGUAUUGUCUUCUUACCACUUGUGAAAGCAAAUGGGGCACAUGAGAGAGAGAGUUGGGAUCCACCCCAUAACAUAGAAACAAAUGGACACCUGAGCCGGAGCCCUGGGUCUACCACUGGUUAACUUGUGCGUUUAGAAACUAAAAUGCCAGCCUCCUAAGGUUUUAGUGAGGCUUUUAUGAAAUUAUACCUGUGAAGUUGCUAGAAUGCUCUCAGUGACCCUUAAAAAUAACUCACUCAGCAAAGGCUAUUCUGAAUGACUGCCAUGAUUACCCCAGUAUAUCUGUGUUUAUGGUUGGCCUAAAGUAAUGACUUUUAGAGGGGCGGAGUUUGAAAAUGUUUUCAGUUUAGGCUGGUUAUUUGCCAGUUCUGUUGUACUGUGUGUCACUGUGUUCCAAGAUAGUAGGUCAAGAUUUAGCAUAAAAUCCCCAAGAUCACUGAAAUAUUAGGGUAAAUUUGGAAAUACGUUAGCUAAACCUUAAGUUCAUGUAUUAAUGAUGCUUUGUGAUAUCUUUUUUUCCCCUUUAGUGUUGCCUGGAAUAUCAGAGAAUUGGAAGCAGUCAUAUUUUGGGAUCAUGACCUACUCUGGUGGUUUGUGAAUAAAGAUAAUAUGUUCCUGGGAAGCCAGCUACAAAGUAUACUGAAGGAUGCUUCCUAAGAGUUUUAUCAUGUCUUUCUGGAUUUCAGUGGCCUCUUUUUAGAAAUGCAAAUGAAGAAGAUGAAGGAUAGUGGACAGCAGUUAUGGACUACACAAGUGGAUGACGGACACAGUUCCUCGACCAUGUCGCCCAAACAGCCUAAUGCUAAUCGAGCGACUCGCCCAGAUAGACAAGAAGCUCAGACUCUUUUGUAUCAAGUCUCUGAGGCAGAGGCUGCCAUGAUGACCGUUGCUACAUGCGUAAAGUGUAAAAGUGUGUACAAGAUUCCGCUUCAGGAUCUGAAAAAGGAUACUGGCCAAAGCCAAAAGGAGGACAAAUAUGUUUGCUUCAAAUGCAGCCUAGGUGUGGCCCCUCCCCAUUUCCAUUUUGUGAAUAAUCACAGUGCUACUCACAUAGGAAAUAAACCAGAAACCAUCUCAAGUUCUGUCAGUAACAAAUUUAGGGUAAGGAACUUUAAGCCAGGCAAAUACUAUUGUGAUAAAUGUCGAUUUUCCACGAAGGACCCUCUGCAAUACAAAAAGCACACACUUCAACAUGAAGAGAUUAAAUUCAUUUGUUCUCACUGCAGCUACAUUUCCUACACUAAAGGGGAGUUUCAGAGGCACUUGGUGAAACACACAGGCAUUUUCCCUUAUCAAUGUGAGUAUUGUGACUAUGGUGCUAUUAGAAAUGACUACAUUGUCAAACACAGGAAGAGAGUCCACGAGAAGGCUGGUGGAAAACGGCUGCCCAAAACCAUUGCCAAGCUGGAGCCAAAAAGAAUCAGUGCCUCCAAGCAAAACCCAGAGCUUUUAAAAGCUUCCAGUCCAAGGACUGCGUUUCAAAAUAACUUGUCAGAUCAGCUUUCAGCGUUCUCCCUCCAUUCAAAUAAAGACAGAAUGCACAACAUAAUGUUAUUACCUGAAUCAAAGGAGUACCAAAAAGAUGUCGUGUGCAUUCCAAAUAAAGUGACGCUGUCAGAGCCCAAUGAAGUCAACCUGUUUGAGAACAAAAGUGUGGAGGUGGAAGUGUUAUCCCCUGCAAAGGAGCCUGUUCAGCCGGGAAUGCCAUUAACGGUUGUGGCACCAGCGGAACUGAUCAUCCCUGCAAACUGUUUAGCCCAGUUGAUAGAUGUGAAGGUUGUCAAUGGAACACAGCAGCUUGUGCUGAAACUGUUUCCUCUGGAAGAAAGUAAUUGCCUUGCCACUGGUGGGGGUGAUGGAGGUAAUUCUGAACAUGUGACUAAAGAGAAAGAUUCAGGCGAACAGGAAAAAAUGGCUUCUGCAGAACAAACAAAGUCACUGAUGAUCGAAGGGAAUGUUGGAAAACUUGCAGGCAUCAAUAAUCUUCAAUCAUCAGUUCAGAAACAACUUAAAAACGUGAAGUGGGUAAGGUCUUAUGACUUCUUCACCUCAAAUUCUAGCGUGUGCAGUGGUGGAGGAUCCUUUCUCAACCCUGAUAGAGUUGAGGGUUUGCAGAAAAAAGGUUAUACAUAUCCACAAAGAACUGCUCUUCCUUCCAUUGCCUUAAAAGGUCAUUCUCCAUCAUCUCUAAUAAAAAAUGGUAUUUUAAGUGGUCUUGGAACUACGUCAAACUCUUUUCCAUAUAAAGCUGCCUUUUCUUUUACUGAAGAUAGAAGAAAUUUACACAGUGACUCACAGCAGUUAUUUCCUCUUGCUGCAUCGCCUGCAACCAUUUCCUUCUCUGGAGAAAAGGACUCACUGCCCCUAAGUAAAAAGGACGUGGAAUCUAGAAAUGAGAUCAGUUUUCCUGUAAAAAUGGUUCCCCCUAAUAGGAAGCUGAAAGAUAACCAGACACAGGAACACAAGGCAGUUUCAAAUACUGGCCAGAUUUCCUCUCAACAUAAAAGUGAGUAUUUACACAUAAACGUAACGGGAGAAGAUGGAGUCAGACCUCAACAGUCUGGGGAUAAACCUUUGGAUUUAAAGAAUUCUGUAAAGGCUAAUGACUCCUUCGAAGGCCCAGUCAUCUCAUCAGUGUUUUCUCUGAGCUCUGGAUCUGAAAACGUCCCUGAGGGCGUUAAGUGGAAUAGUUCAACGUCCAAAAUAAAGUCAAUUGAACUCUUGCGCAGAAAGAUAGCCCAGUUAAUUGAAUCCUGUGGCAAGCCUUCAUCUUUGGCUGCAAGUAAUGCACAUCAUCGUUCUGUAGGGAAGGCACCUAAGGUCACUUCCAAAGCUGCCUCUGAAGGUAUUCAGGAAAUUAACGUGUCAUUUACCAGCACUGGCUAUUCUGCGGGUACUCUCCCGAAACCUCAGGAUGACGUUGGUAUUAAUGGACAGCUUACUCAACAGCAGAUAUAUCCGCAUCUUGUAGAAGGCAGCAGUGGGAAAAGCGAGAGCGGAGUAGCCAGGAAGCCACAUUUGGCUCCUCCAGUAUUGAUCCCGAAGGGGGCUGUGCUGAGGGUUCUUAAUUCCUCUGAGAAUUCCCACGUUAUAGAGGCUACAUGUGAAGCACCUGUCAGCAUCCCCUGCAGUGAGACACAGUUAAUAAAACCCAUUCCGUUCUGCCCAGUGAAACAGACAGACUUGGACUUACAGUCUUCGACGAGUGAAAGUGGCCCAGUAGACAUGUCCCAGAAUCAUGAUCUAUCUCUUUGGGCUAAAUCAAGAAAAGAGAGUGCAAAUUGUAGCACCAUGCUUAAAAAAACUGGACUCCUGCACGGACAGCAAGGAAGCGGUGAAAUAAGUAAGCAAGGGAAACUGUUUUCCAGAAGUCUUCCUGUAAGUAAAAAUAAAACCAAACAAGUCAGCUCAUCCAAGAAGAAAAGCAAAAUUCAGGCUGAUCCCAGCCGCUGUUUCAAGGAUCCUUCCAUUUUUCAGGUUGCAAGACAACUUCGACUGAUAGCAGCUAAACCAGACCAGUUGAUCAAAUGCCCCCGUCGGAACCAGCCUGUCAUCGUGUUAAACCAUCCUGAUGUCGACUCACCAGAAGUAUCCAAUGUGAUGAAGGUAAUAAACAAGUACAAAGGCAACGUCCUCAAAGUGGUCCUAUCAGAGAGGACUAGGUGUCAGUUAGGCAUCAGGCGGCAUCAUGUCCGGCUGACCUACCAGAACGUGGAGGAAGCCAAUCAGAUAAAAAGGCAAAUGAUGUUGAAAAUGAAACUUAAAAAAGUUCAUAAAAACAACUACCAGGUGGUGGAUUCCUUGCCCGAUGACUCAUCACAGUGUAUAUUUAAGUGCUGGUUUUGUGGACGGCUCUACGAAGACCAGGAAGAGUGGAUGAGUCAUGGCCAACGGCAUUUAAUAGAAGCAACUAGAGAUUGGGAUGUUCUUUCUUCCAAGGGCAAAUAAGUGAAAAAUUGCUCUUGGAAGAAAAUUGUUUUUCUUACUUUUAAUUGAUUCUGGUUUGGUUUGUUUGGUUUUGUGUCCCUCCCUGACUCUGUAGGAUAAUACUGCAGGGAUAGGAGGUUGGUUCAGUCUUCAGGUCUUCCUGGGAAUGUGGAGAGCCUGGCGUCUGAGCCUGGUGACUGGACAUCAGAAGGUGUCUGUGGCCCCCGAGGAAGUGCACACAAAUUCACGUGUGUGCAUUUGUCUGGGGCGAAGGGAAACUUUGAACAGAUUUUCAGUGGGAUUUGAGACUUCCCUUUGGUCAGCAACCUUUUUCUGCAUAGAUAAAAAUCAUUUUAAUCCAUUCGGAGGGGCAAGUUUAGAAUGUUUUACACAUGCUCUUUAUAUAACAAAAUGCUACUGAACAAUUAAACCCAGGUCUUGGUGUACACAUCCACUUUUUUUUUUUUUUGCAUUAACUCAUCUCCUGAAUAUUUGGUACAUAAUGGAAAGUAUAUUUUCUACUUUGUUAGUUAUCUUAAGUUUGGUUAUAGAAAAGUGUCCCUUUUAAAUCCCUCACCCACUCUGCAGUGUUGCUAAGUGCUCUCUGUAGCACAGAGAGUUGGGCUUUUGUUGACCCUUUUAAAGAAUAAUUCCAAAGGUUGGCCUGAAUUUACUACAACAGCAGGUGUUGUUAGGGGAAGAAAGGAACAUUUUCAGGCUUUUGCUUUCUUUUUAAAUACCUUGAUUUAUGACAGCUGGGGAGGGAAUGUGCCUUUUGGGGGGGAAAAAAAAGGAGAAGAAAGGGUCACAGAGGGAGAAUAUCUAAAAUUAUCUCCUGUUUGCCCUUACCACUCUCACAAAAGUCAAGUAAGUCAUCAAUUUAAAAUGUGAAUGAACAGGCAUCUUUCAACAGAGAUAAAGUUUGGGGAGACAAAUCAAGAUAGAUAGGAUUGUGACGAAAGUUGUAGCUUUAAUGAGACUCUCAGUUUUCAUUUGGGAACUCAUCGCAGACCACGGGUGGAACUUGCACACUUUUCUUUCUUCCUUCAUCACCAGUGGAUCACAGACACUGUUCCCCGCCUCUGCCAGGUCUUAUCCUGCUCUCCCUUGGUGGGUUUUCUGAACAGGCCCUCCUGUGAAAUGAGAUAGUUUCCCUGCUCACCUGUCCCUUUCCCUUGCUUGAGGCCCCUUAAGGUUUUCCCUGAUGAAAAUACUAAAAACAGGCAAGAAUCAACAAAAUGAACACCUCCCACCACCUCUGUUAAGCUUAUAGGAACACUGUCCCUGGUUUUCAUCAGUGCUACCAACCUGCUUCUAAUUUAUCUCAGCCACAGUCAGGCUUUCCCUGUUGCUCACCUUCCCUGGGAAGCAGCUCCGAGAACACUCCAGCUACCCCUCCACCAGCAGGAGUCAGGACUGGUGCUGGUCUCCACAGCACCUUCAUGUGCACUAGAAAAAAGCCCACCCUCUGCACCAUUGCGGCUGCUUGGGCAGAUAGAUGGCUUCACAAAAGCAGCUCAGGCUGGAUUCUAGGCCUCCCUUGCCCACCCAGCGGGGAACCGACCAUAACGCAGAGCGCACACAGCACAGCUACAAGGCAGCCCCGACUCACGUGUUUUCCUCCCUUUUAAAGACUCCUUCCUUAGGGAAUUGAGGGCAGCGAAUGAAACUGGGGGCUGUUACUAAAUCUGAGAAAGGCGUGAGUGAGAUUUCUGUUGUGUUGGGUAGUCAGUUAAGAGACUUCCUGAUUUUUCUUUCCACGUGGGAAAGUCUUAGAUUAUCCUCUGAUACAUCAGAUUGUAAUUCUUUGUAGUUGGUUCUCAUUACAGAUAUUCAGCAUGGCUUGUGUAUAGUUUAAUACAUGAUCAUUAAGUUGAUUAAUUGGUUUUUAUUGAAAUUUAAAACUUGGGUUUUUUUAUAUGUGUAUAUAUAUAUAUGUGUACACAUAUAUUUUUUACCAUAUGAAAACUUGCAGUAGCUAAUUUUCUGAUUUCCUAUUUUAUAAUGAAGUUAUGUGGGCUGGAAAAAUAUAAAACAUUUUAUAUUCUAGAAAUAAUUUAUUUUGGAAGUACAUUUUUAUAAUGGUCUGAUCUCAUUUUUAGAAAAUGAAAGCACAGUAAGUGAUGGGUCUGAUUUAUAUGAACAAAUGGGAGUAGAAACCCCGGUGGAUCAUUGCAGUACAGUAUUUAGUCCCGGUGCAUUUCUAGAUGGUGCUUUUUGGGAAAUGGAUUGUGUGUACCGCUUCAGUACAUAAAGGAGAGCAUUCUUAAGUUUUAUCCAUGCACAGAUCUGUUAUUCACUCCCCACCCCAGCCCCCAUCAUGAAAGAAGGCUCUUAAGGUGUUGAGAGGCGAAGAAAAGGCUGUGCUUUAUUAUUUUUCUCCUUCUAUACCUCACUGCUUAGUAGCAUCUUUCCUGAAAGGCUAGACCAUGACCUUUCAGGAAAGAUAACCAUGAAUCAGGUCAGAGUGUUAAGUGUCAACAUGAAACAUUUACACUUUGCAGCAUCAACUGUUUUUCAAGUGUUACCUAAAACUCAGCUUAUGUACUUGUACAGAGGAAAAUUUUGUGAGUAGAAUAUGUAGCUAGGCUUUUUGAGAUUUCCAGAGCUACAGUACUUUGUAAGGAAUUCAGAGGGCUCCUGGAAGUCAUAAAAAAAAAAAUGAGAAAGCAAAAAAUGGCUGUCUUCCCUAUAUAAAGAACUUUAGAAAAUAGCUUGUUAACAUGUAGCUUAAUGUCAUGAAACGAACAAAAUUGGAGAAGGUAGGGGCAGAACUGUGUUGAGUAUUUGUCUACUCUUUCUUACCUUGAUUUUGAAGGGUCUCUACUCAGUAAAUGUUACUCAUAGUACUUACUAAAAUCAUUUCUAACUUAUUUUUUAAAAUAGGUUUUCUUUGGGGGAUAAGAAAUGAGACAACAUUGUUAUAUUUAUGAUAUGACAGUGAAUUUUUUUUUUAAAAGUAUACUCAAAAUAGAUUCUGUUUUACUCAAGUUUUUAUCCCCAGUCCAAAACACUUUGUGAGCCCCACUCAUGGGCCAAGUGCUCUUGGUUAAGCUAAACUGAACACAAUGUAUUAACCCUCAAAAGUUCCAUCCCUCUUUCUUAAGCCACCCCAGAAAAUGAAGACGUGAUGCCACUCAGCCUUUGGAAUAAUUUUUGAAUCUGUUAACGUCAGUAUGAGCAGAAAACAAAACAUUGCAUAACAUGUUUUAAGCAUUAUUAAAAAGUCCUGCAUUAACAGUUUGUGUGUCUGCUGCUCUGAUUUUGAAACACGUAUGUAUAUAGAUAGAGAAGUUGGCAUAAAUUUUGUUAAAUAAAGCAACUAUAAAAUUU